CUCUGUGUAAAGCUAUCACUGGUAAAAACUCUUAACUUCAUCUUCUUCCUAGUCGCAGCUAAAAAAUCAGAUAAAAAUGGCGCUGGCUCUGAAUACAAGCCUAAACCAGCCUUCUCUCAGUUGUGGAACCAAGCUUUAUACUGGAUUAAAACCUCAAUCUUCAGGUUUAUACGCAACUGGUAGACCUAAUUUGACUGCAGAAUUCUAUGGCAAGGUUAAUAAGAGCCUCCAAUGCGGGACGCUUAGCAAUAGAGCAAUACGAGCCGGAGUUAGAAUGAUGCCUAUUGGGACUCCAAGAGUGCCCUAUAGAACUCCCGGUGAGGGAACUUGGCAAUGGGUUGAUUUGUGGAAUGCCCUUUACCGAGAGCGUGUUAUCUUCAUUGGACAAAAUAUAGAUGAAGAGUUCAGCAACCAAAUAUUGGCAACAAUGUUGUACCUUGACACAAUUGAUGAUUCCAAAAGAAUCUACUUAUAUAUAAACGGUCCUGGUGGAGAUCUUACUCCAACCUUGGCUAUCUAUGAUACUAUGCGAAGCUUGAAAAGUCCUGUUGGUACUCACUGUGUUGGAUUUGCCUAUAAUCUAGCAGGCUUUAUUCUUGCAGCUGGGGAAAAGGGAAAUCGCUCUGCAAUGCCUCUUUCAAGAGUUGCUCUACAGUCACCAGCUGGGGCUGCUCGUGGCCAGGCUGAUGACAUUCGUAACGAAGCAAAUGAGCUUCUUAGAAUCAAGGACUAUCUUUAUAAUGAGUUGGCUAAACACACCGGACAGCCAGCGGAGAAGAUUAACAAGGACUUGAGCCGAAUGAAACGGUUCAAUGCUCAGGAGGCGCUUGAUUAUGGGCUCAUUGAUCGUAUAAUUCGGCCACCUGCAGUGGAUGCUGAUUCAGCUUCCCGAGAUCCAUCAUUUGGUCUUGGGUAGUGUAUACAAAUGUUCAUAAGAUUGGCUUAUGCCUGUUAAAAAUUGUAGAAAUUUUCUCAACUCUUUGUACAAUCAGCUAUUGAUCAGGAAGUUUCUACAUUGAUUCUUCUUUUAAUUGUUUUGAAUUCCUUGGGGAUAUUUGAAGGCCUUCAUAACUUUAGCCAAA